AUGGCUGCUCCUGAGCCUCCACCUCGCUCACAAUUGCGACCACCUAGUGCAGUCAUUUCAGCGCGUUCUGUCACCACCAAUGCCCCUUCUUCCAGUCGCACAAGGACGGUUUCUUCCUCUAAAUCGUCUGCCGCAACGACCACAUCCACAACGAAGCAUCUACCCUCUAAAAAUUCGUCUCUCUCACGAGCCACUGCGGCUUCCGCCCAAAAACAAGUGCAACCUUCGCUCAGAGUUCGAACAACGUCUUCCUCAUCGUCCAAGCCUGAAUUAGUUGUUCCUCGGUCACGGACUUCAAGCAUAGCGUCAGCUUCCAGCAAUAGUAGGGUCCCAUCUUCUUCCGUGAAACGACCACCAGGGUCAACAAAUACUAGUGUGGGAAGGGCAAAUGGCCGCAUGCUCUCAGAAGCAUUGGCCUUACCUGAGUCCAGCGAGAGUGUGGAAAAGGUAGCAGAGAGUUCGACACUGACCCGGACUCAACCCUCCAUUGUGACCCCGCCGGUCACACCCGGAAGAGCACUUUCUGUAUACGCCCCUUCAUCUGCUGCUCUUCGUAGAGCAGCAAAUGGUUCAGAAAAUACUGUUCGAAGCAGCAGUAGUUCAAGAAGUGUUUCUCCAGCGUCAGCGAUACGUCCAGAAACGUUUGCCAGUGCUCGGGCAGUUAUCGCGCGAGGGAGAGAGCGCAGUGCUGCACGAUCCCCAAUAUCGCCUGUGUCACCCGAGUCCCUCCUUCCUCAAUCUGCCACAACUUCCACUUCACUCAGUCCCAACAACACCGGAGCGAUCGGUCCGAUGAACCCUACAACUUCAGCAGCGGUAUCUGGACAUGAAACUUCAAUUGAGCUGUCCACACUGUCACCAUUGGGAACAACUGGUUCAAACUCAGGCUCGCAAACUGGCAGUCAAGGGUUACGUCCCAACAAAGCUUCACCAGAGAAUUCGGAUGAUGCAGAGAAACCACAGAGAAGCGAUGACUGUGAACGGGAACGACUUGGUGUUUCCCAUAGCCGAGAGUGUCAACAACUCCCCUUCCCCCAUGAAGAUGGCCCCGUAUUACCAUCUCCGGUUACCACUUCCUCUUCAUCAAGUCCCCGUGCUAAAUCGACUUCUACUCCCUCCAACUCCCACAUUCCCUUGGCCAUGCAACAUCGACAUCGCAAAAACUCGGACCCUCAUGCUAAGCUUUUGACGGCGGCUGCAUUUCGGGCACCCGCACAAUAUGUCUCUCAACAAAGCCAGCGGACUCCCGAGCGCGGUACGGGUGGGCUUGAACGUCAAGGGUCUCUGCAAACACCAGAGUUGGUUCUGGAUAUGAAGCGCUUACUUUCUAAGCCAGUUUCGGUAGCGCGCUUGCAUUCAGAUUCGGAGGAGGGCACUAGUGAACAGGACAAUAGGCGACCCAGUUCAGAUAGUCGUUCAAUCCGUCGCAAACAUUACGACGCUACAGGACGAGGAGAGGAUGCGCGUCAAAUUGACCCUAGUCUGGUUGCAAGAAAGAGUGGAGAAUAUGCGAAGCACAGAUCCGUGGAAAAGACUGAGCGAGAGGUCGCACUGGCUUUAGUUGGUCAUCAUACGUCUGCGCCAGACAAGGACAAGGAAAAGCGACCCAAAAAUGUGCUACGUCGCCGAUCCAGCGCUCAGAGACCUCAAACGACGCCAACGCCGAAUGAAGUUUCACCGGUGCCGCGAAUAUUGUCUGUCUCACGGAAAGCUCCUCCAACUCUCAGUCUCGAUUUGCCUCUGGACACAAUGCAAAUGUCAGGAUCCGAGUCUCCUAACGGCGGAAAUGGGCCGCUGACGCCGGCCGGUGCCGUCGUUGCAGCGUAUAAAAGGAGUAGAGAGACAACACCGAAUUACUCUCCCACUUCACCAACAUUUGAACGCCAUCCGAGCAGUCAUCAGGGUCAAGAAUCUCCCGCACUUGGGACUCCUUAUUAUACUGUCUUUGGCUCUACAUCAGGGCGAAUUAUAGCAGUAGGUGGACCAGAAGACUCUUGGGAUGGUGUGCCCAACACGUUUCCCACGCUAGACGGCAUGCGUCGGGCGAAGAACAGCGUUGGACGAACUUUGACACGCAAAGUUAGUGAGCGUUGGUCAAAAAAGCGUGAAGAUGGCGAUGACGACUUGCGUGGCCGUCCAAGUUUACAAAGCGAUCGGCGAAAGAAAUCAACACGGAGCGCCAGUCGUGUCGGGACUGAGGAAAGUCCUGCGGAUGACCCAGAGUUCCCGCGAUCACCCAUCAAGAUGGCUCACGAAACCAGUUUUACGAACGAACCACGCUCUCGGCGGUCUGAACCAGCACUUGGUGGGGGCAACAAAAUAUGGAAGCUGAUGAAGCGCAUAAGCACUGGCGGACUGAAGGAAAAAUACGACCGUGACUCCUUGCCACCAAUGCCACCGAUGCCCCAAAAUAAUGUGCCUCCGGUUCCUCAAUUGCCCCCAAAACAAUCUUUAGAAGCUCGCAUGGCGAUGUCUUCGGAUGGUCACUCUCAAGAGCCAGGAGCAUUGUCACGCUUCAUGGAAUCUCGAACGUCAAUGAGCGUAACGCACCGUCCCUCUGCUCGAACUUUGCCAGUGCCUCCUCCGAUUCCCGUUUCGCAGUCACAACCGAGAACAAGUACAACCACUCGGUCUUCUUCCCCACUUUCGUCCUCAGAUGUCGCGUCUUCCAAGUACUUCCACAAAACAACUGGCUCCGGUCGAUCUUCCACUUCAUCAUACGAAGCAGAAAGUGCAAUCCCACCUUUACCUCACCAGCCCAACGUCGUCAUCGGAAAGCAUAUCCUUCCUCCCAAAGAGCUUUACAAGCUCGAAUCCGACUUCAGAUCGCAGUCACUGGAUGACAAUAAGAACACAUUCCUAUUUCACUCCCUCACCCCCCCGCGUCGGCUCCCCACCCCCAACGUACACACGAAUGAACGGCGGUUAAGUGAUGCUCCCAGCAUCCCGGAAUUCUCGACAGCAGCCCCCAUCAACGCCUUCUCUCCACGUAAGCAACAGUUACCCGUCAUGGACAGGCCUCGAGUUGAAAGCCUCUUGACUUCUCUCGGACCCGCCCCUUCGAGACGUUCUACUUCGUCUGUCAGCGAAAGAUCUGGAGCUUACGACGACACCUUUGGUCGCCACAACUGGCGAACAAGCAGUGCACCAUCUUCAUCUUCACACCAAAAGCGAUUGAAACACCAACAACGGGCAACUUCCAUCCCUAGAAUACCCCAGGAACCAUUGACCUUCCGCGAGAUGGGCCAGAAGUCGGCAGGUCUAACAGAGCAAGAGAAGGCCUCCAAAUGGGAGGACCUAUUAGAACGCAGUAAUCGCGCGGGUGGUACAAUUCACCUAGGAAAUUCUGACAAGCUUGCCUCGGACGACAUUUCAUUGAGAUACUCUGCUUCAUCAUCACAACUACUUAGAGACUUUUAA